CCGGGUCCCUGGUGCUGUGAGGCAGCAGUGCUAACCACUGAGCCACCGUGCUGCCCCUAAGGGCUUGAACGGGAUUUGAACUCGGGACGUCUCGCACAUCCACAACGCACAACACCCAAAGUGAAAAUCAUGCCCCUAGACCAACGAGCCAAUGAUUUUGUCUGGUUUGAAAACCGCAUUUGGAAGUUGGGAUGUUUGUAAUCGUGCUUAGAAUAAAUGUAGAUGGUUGAAGUUAUUGGAGAUCAAUCAUCUCAUCCCAGAACAUUAUUGCAGGAGUUCCUCUGUCCUUGGCCCACCCAUCUUUCGCUGCUCCAUCAAUGAUCUUUCCUCCUACAUAAUGCUAAUGUAGUGUUGUUUGUCAAUUAUUGCACAAUGCUCAGAACUAUUACUGACUCCUUGGACACCAAACCAGUCUGUCUGUAUGCACAUGACCUGAACAAUAUUCAGACAAAGUAGCAAAGUAACACGUUACCCAUGUGCCAGGUAAUAACCGACUUCAACAAGAAAGAAUCCUCCCCACUUGCCUGCCCAUAUCAACAUUUUAUCAAUAUUGAUUGAAGCUGAACUGAACAGCCAUAAAAUAAUAAUGUGGCUAUGAGCUCAGGUCAAAGACUGGGAAUUAUCAAGUUGGGCAAGAUGGUAGCAUUACCGGACUAAAAAUCCAGAGGCCCAGAUUGCUGCUGUGGGGACAUGGGUUUCAAGUGUCACUGGGAAUCAUUUAGGGGACAGCGAUCAUGUGUUGUAAGCUUUAAGAUGACUGUGGAAAAGAACAAUGAACAAUCCAAAGUAAAAAUAAUUACCUGAGGGAGACCUUCAGUAAGGUAAGGAUGGAGCUGCUCUGAUAAAUGGAGCCAACAAUUGACAGGAAAACCUCUAGCUUGACAAUGGCUAUCUUAAAGGUAGAGAUGAUAUAUUCCCUCAAAAGGGAAAGAUAAGGCAAAUAACAUUUUUUUCAAGAGUUUGCUUGGUGAGAGAGAAAAUAAUAUGUAGAAAAAGUGCUUAUAACAGGUGCCAGGUUAAAAAAUACAACUGAAAACCAAACUGAAUACAGAAAUCUCAGACGGGUUGUGGAGAAGCAAAUAAGAGGCAAAGCAGGAUUAUGAUAAGAGACCUGCAGCUAACAGAAAAUGCAUUCCAAAAGUCUUCUAAAGGUACGGAAAUAGAAAAAGGGUGGUAACAUAGAAGUAAGUGCAUUUAGGAAUCAAGAAAGAAAUUUGUAUCUGGAGGCCGUCAACAUGGCUGAGGUAAUAAAUGAAUACUUUUUCAUUUGUCAUUACCAAGAAAGCAAAUGUUAUCCAAACUGGGGUGAGAGCAAGAAACACGGCCACAAGAAAGGUUCAAAAUUCUGAGAUAUGAUAAGUUGCUGGUACUUAAAAGUUGAGAAGGCACAAGGUCUGGACAAGAUGCACCCAAGAGUAGUUAGAUUGGAAAUUGCAAGGCACUGGCCAUAAUUCUUCUGUCUUCCUUAGACUAGGGUUGUAUCAGAGAUCUGGAGAAUUGCCAAUAUUACGCCCAUGUUCAUAAAGUGGUGUGCAGAUAAACUGAUAUUUGUAAUAGCAGGGCUUCAGUGGUAGCAUAAUUUAAAGAAACAGUCAUUUUUGAAUGGAAUUAAUAGUUCUGUGUAGACAAAUAAGGGUUAGGUGUGGAGAGCCAGCAUGGAUUUCUUUAAAGAAAGUCAUAUUCAAUUUGCUGGUGUUUUUAGGUGUCAGAGAGGGCUGGUGAGGUAAUGCUGUUGGUGUACAUCCAAAAGGGGUUUGACUAUAUCAAAGUAGAUCUCCUGAAAUAAAAGGGACAGUAGCAAUGUGAAUACAAAAAAAGUAGUAAAAGUGAUCUUAGGAUGAAAGGAAAUGGAAAUUAAGAUGAUAGGGUACCAAAGCAUUUUGUUGACAAUUGUAAGAUCUGCACAUAUAAGCAAUGGUAAGUAUUGUGCGGUUGUUAAUAAUAGAUUGUGGCAACCCUUUGAGUUUACCAGAGAACUAGGUGUGUUAGAUUGAGGUUACCAAUUAGUUAAACAUUUAUGAUUUUCAAGCUAUCCUUCCUAACUGUUGACUUCAGGAGUCAAAUUUCACCUUCUUGGCCAAAACCUGAAUCCUGUGACAAUUGGAGUCACUGAUCUCUCCACCGCAAGAUCUGUGACCCAGGAAGUGAUCUUGUAACUGUCUCUGAAGCUUUCCUCAGUUCUUGUCCAAAUUCAAAUAUCAUGAAAAUACAAGAAAUGGAAAAUGCUAUAGGUGUGGGAAUUCAGAAAUAAAAACAAAAUACUGCAAAUACCUGGCAAAUUAAGCAGUUUGGAGUGAAACAGUCCUUCUGUCAACUGGAUGAAGUUAGAAAUGCUACAUGUUUUAAGCAAGUAGGUGAAGAAAAGAAUAAAAGGUACGUCAGUGGAAGCCAGGAGUGAUUAAAUAACAAAUCUCUUAGAAUAGUUCUGCAUAAAAGAAGGACCUUCUUAUGGUGCCCCAAAGUCCAAAGAAGAUAAAGAUGUUGUAAGAUGAAAUGAUGAAGUUAGUGAAAAAUAAAGGAAGUGGAAAAGGCACAGUCAAAUACUAAGGGGGAAACAUCAUUUAGAAACAAACUAAUCUCUUCAUUUCACACUGGCUGUCAGUCAUUAGUCUGUGGGCAAAACCAUAGCCAAUAAUGGGCCACAUACCUCCUUGAACUUUACACACACUCUUGUGUCUUCAACCCUUGUCAUCCAUCCUGUUUGAAAGCCUCUGUGAAGCUCAGCUCACCACCCUCAGCAGCCCAGUGCACUCACGGCCUACUUGUUGAUGCUAAUACUAAUCAUUUUCCAAAUUAGCUUUCAGAGUACCCUUAAACACUUCUGAGUGCUACCCUGUAACUUUUUUGAUCAGUUUUGAGUAGAGGGAUUUAGCAUUCUGAUGCAGUGGUCUGUACAGUGCAAUUGUCACUCCUAAGUUCAUGUUCAGGUGACAAUCCGUCUAGGUUCCAUAAGUCCUUCUGUUGGCGUGCUGAUGGUAUGUCUGGAGCUUUCUUGGGUGUUAAUAAUAUGUCCCCCAGUUUUUCUUCAGCUGUAAAGGAGUGUCAGGAUGUGGACUUGUAGAGUGCAACCUUUGUGGCCGUUCAUGGGUGGCAACGUUAUUGAAGACUUGACUGAACAGCUGUUUAAAGGAGGAGCUCCCACACUGAAUCCUGCGAAGGUACUAUCACUUGUUUGCAGGAGGCACAGGGUGACUGGUUCACACUUAAAGGUCUCUGAUUUCUUAAGACACAGCCGACAGCAACUGCAUUUGGGAACAUCAGGCCCUGAAACUGCAGAUGUGGAAACACUGCGCCUUGAAGUGAUAGAACUAAGACAGAAAUACGAAUUGCUGCUGGAAGAAAAUAAGGAACUAAAAGCGAAGCUUGCACAGUUCGAACCCCCAAAAGAGGAAGGGCAACCUGAAUAAUAAUUCAAGACUUCCCACAUUAUCAGAAGAAUGCAUGAAAGGGAUCUGAUAAAAUCAUCUGGCAAAUAGUAUUGAUUUUGGAGAAUUGGCACCUAUUCUGGAAGAAAUGCAGCCAGUCAUUUUAGGUUACACAUGCCAAAAAAAAAGUUACUUUCAGCUAAAAAAUUAUGCCAUUGUUAUAUGCCUGUCUGCAAUGCAGCAUUUGGAACUAGAUAUUCAACAGAAUUUUUACUCAAUGCAUUUAAAUUCUACACAAACUUUUGAUUCAGAAAUAGCCCUACAAACCAAUGCAAAUUGCACAUGUUUCAUUGUUGGAUCUUAAGUUUUGUUAAUAUUGGCAUGAUGUUACCAGAUAUCUGCAACAAAUUUCAGUAACCUUCUGUCUCACCAAACAUGUUUGUUAAAGUCAUUUUGCACUUUGUGGGGAACAGUACUGAGCACUCUUGUCUGGCAUAUCCUGUUAGUUUGGGGGACAUGGGGAGGGAUAAGCUAGGGGUUAAUAGCUUUAAGUCACAUUAGGCCAAUAGAAUCUGUAUAUCAGUUCACAAGCCAAACUGAACAAGUGGAACUUGGCAGCAGUCAAGUAUGAAUGUUGACCAUGUUGGAUGGUUUGCUGUCAUUGUGCCAGUAUUUUGGACGAAAUCUGGCAACCAGGCAGUGAUCCAUUAACACGACUGGGCACUGGUGUUGCAGCAGGAGGAAUAUCUUUUCAGCAAACUAUACUAAUGCUGAAAACAGGCCCAUUUGGCUCAAUUAAUGUACAAGUUUUAUUGUUUUUUUUUCUAGUUGUACAGGAGUUCAAUUUUUCCCUUUUUGUAUUUACUGAAUAAAUUUUCUUUGCACGUCA